ACCACAUUACUGCUUUAGAAAAUAAAAAUGAAGAACUUGAAUAUAAUGUAAGAAGGUCUCAAUAUUCUCAAAACAAAACAAGUUCGAAAAAUAUAUUGGCUGAAACUAAUAGUGUUUCAAAUUCAAGACCUAGCAAAGAAAAAGAUCUAGAUAAAAAACAUAAAAUAUACAAAAAAUUUUAUAUAAAAUAUCAGGAAUCUAGUUCAGAGAUCAAGCUCUGA